AACAAAUAAAAAUAUGAUCUUGAUGAUCAUGGUGCCGGAAGAGCUGCAGGAAGCCGACGUUCUUUGGCCGGAGCAACGCCGCCCCAGGAUUCUUGCACCUCCUCCGCCUGCCGUCACUACCUCCGCCACCGAUAAUACACAGAAGAAGUCACCCCCCAUCAAAAUCCCCCAACCCUUAACCAUCCCCGCCACCGGCGAAGAUUAUAUCGACGGCGAAGGGAUGCUCCCGCCGCACGAGAUGGUGGCGCGACGUUGGGCCCGGGAGAAAAUCGCGUGCUCGGUUUGCACAGGGCAAGGCCGCACGCUUAAAGGCCGCGACCUCCGGCACGUGCGAAACUCGGUGCUCCGGCUCACCGGAUUCCUCGAGAGAUAGCGCCCGCGGAUUUGCAGACCAAUAAUGCGAAGAGAACGAGUAAAAGUCAUUAAGUAUUUCUAAUUACAAUUUGGUAAAGUAAUUAAUAAUAAUUAAUGAGAUGCUUAUUGUUUAAGCUAAUAAAAUUUAUUUGGAGAAUUUUGACGUAUUGAGAAUUGCAGUAAUGUGAG